CCGUGCUCCCGCCACCACCGCCGCCGCCGCCGCCGCCACGCGCUGGCGUGACUCCCGGCCCGCGCCCUCCCACGUCUGCAGCCUGCUCGGCUUUUUGCCCGCCCAGACGCCGCUUCUCCCGGCUCCCGGCCUCGGCUCCGCGGAGGGAGCGGAAAUGAGUGCGGCGUCGGCGUCGGCGUCCGAGCGGGGUUGGAAGAGCGAGAAAGUGGACGAGGCUCAGGCCCUGGCGCGGAGUUGCGCUGCCCGAAGACCCGACUUCCAGCCGUGCGACGGGCUCUCCAUCUGUGCCACGCACAGCCAUGGCAAGUGCUUCAAGCUGCACUGGUGCUGUCACCUAGGAUGGUGUCACUGCAAAUAUGUGUAUCAGCCUAUGACCCCUGUGGAGCAGCUUCCAAGCACUGAGAUUCCUGCAAAGCCUCGGGAACCCACGAACACCAUUCAGAUCUCAGUCUCACUCACUGAACACUUUUUGAAAUUUGCAUCUGUCUUCCAACCACCCCUCCCCCCUGAUUCACCAAGGUACUGUAUGAUCUCAGACCUCUUUAUCGACAACUAUCAGGUUAAAUGUAUUAAUGGGAAGAUGUGUUACGUGCAGAAGCAGCCGGCGCCACAUUCCCACAAAAUGAGCCCUGAGGAGGUCUCUGCACAUGAUGCCUUAAUUUCAAGAGAGAGCAGUACACCAAAAAUAGAUCACUGCUCUUCUCCCUCAAGUUCUGAGGACUCCGGGAUCAAUGCCAUUGGGGCUCACUAUGUGGAAUCAUGUGAUGAGGACACAGAAGAAGGAGCGGAACUGAGUUCAGAGGAAGAUUACAGUCCGGAGAGCAGCUGGGAACCGGAUGAGUGCACCCUUCUCUCCCCUUCACAGUCAGAUCUGGAAGUGAUUGAAACAAUAGAAACCACCGUGUGAGAGUCCGAGCAGGAAGCCACGGCCUCUGAUCCAUACUGAGCUUUUGUACUUUGGUCUGAUGGAUCCUUUUUCCACUGCAGUUGGUAUUUUCUACCCCUCUCUGACAACCAUAGUGGUUCAGUGGUCUGUUGAUUAGCUUCACUCUUAAAUUAGUCUUAGAACUAAGACCUUCUUUUUCUUAUAAAUGGUUUUCUUUUGUAUCUUGACUUAUUUUCUAUGUAGCAUCUGGUGUCAUGAAUUGUGACCCAGCCUUAAUUUCACUGGGAACUCUGAAAGCAGUGAAGUGAUGAUUAUCAUGGAUCAGGUUGAGGAGCUACCCACAGCGAAGGAGACAGUAUUUUCUACAUAGCCAGUUCUUGACACACACACACACACACACACACACACACACACACACACACACCCCCUCUUGGCGUUCCUUUUGGUGUGCCCACAGGCACCCCUACCCUGCUAGUCUCCUAUGGGAAUCAGCUCAGGAGCGGGGAACAGAGUGUGCACUGUAGAUGCCAUUCUGUCUCUUUUCUCUUCUCACCACCUGCAUCGGUCUGGGCCCCUGUUGUCUCAGUUUAUUUCUGGGAGGUUACUGGAGGUUCGCUCGACCCCUAGUUAUGGCCAGUGUCUGCAUACCCUGCGUGAUCUGGGGCAGAGCCAGACCUUCAUUUAAGAAGAGAUGACGCCUUCAGUUUCAUGUUCAAUCCACCUUUAGCUGCGUGCCUACGCUCUGCAGGGUGCACAGUGGGAUGCAGACUGAGUAACACCUGACUCCUACAGGAAGGGGCCCGCAGUCCAGCAGAGGGCUGUGCUAACACAUGCGGGUAAUGGUACCCAGAAUGCUCUGGAAACCCAGGGGAAGGAGAGUACUAGGCAUGCAGCUGGAGAACGUGUUGCCACGUUUGAGCUGGCCUCUUGGGUGGAUUCCUCAACAUUUCCCCAUUUUUCUUAAUUGUUUUUCAAAUCUGGGGAAAACUUUUAGGAAGUUAUAUAGGUAUUAUAUUUAGGAGGCAGCCACAUCUGACGUCUUAAGAAAAAAAUCAAUAGUUUUAGUUAGCAUGGAAAUGCUAAACACAGCAGUCCUUUAGGGAUUAGGAAUGAAUCUAAUAGGUUUGAUUAAUUCUGCUUCAUUUGGUUGUAUGAAGCAUUAGAAUGGCUUAGGUGAGAAAUGGGUUAGAAUUCAGUAUGAUGCAUGGAUUUUUUAUGCAAAUGCAAAAGCAGUUGAAAUAGUUUGCUGCUAAGUCAGAAGAUAUUUUGUGUAAUAUUCAUUCACUUUACUACAGUAAUAUUCAUUGUCUGUUGUACAUGUUCUCUCUUCUCACACACACAAAAUAGUGAAUAAUUCUUUCUUACUUAGCUCUCUUCCGAAUUCUCCUAAUUUCCUUUUAUACAAGGUGUUAUUGUGUGAGUUGCUUAUCUGCCAUUUCUCCACGUCUCCUCUCUGUGAGGCGUAGUUAAGAGUUCAGGAAGUUUAAAAUACAGCCUGAUACACCUGCCAAAGUUUGGAGGUUGAGAAAUACUUCUUAUGCCCUCACUUUCUGUGAGCGUGCUCUCGUGGCACUAUCUCGUGCUCUGUCCGCAUUUUGGCACAUCUCUUCUGUGUCACUUUAGUUUGUAUUUUAAGAAAUAAGACGAGGCCUGUUGUGUUCCACCCUGAAGCCUCCAUUUGGCAUCCUUCACAAAUCAUUCUAGGCAGAGUCUGCUGUCUUGGUCGUACAUGUAGUUCAAAUGAUUGGCUAGAACACUUUGUUAGGUCUAGGUGCCCAAAACAGCGCUAGGGUUUAGAAAACAGAGUACACGUAUUCCUUUGAAAGCAGUGGCAGUUAAAGCUUCCUGUGCUAGAUGAGAAUGCAGCAUAAAGUUCCCGCUGACUGAAAUGUAAAGACUCAACAAGUCAGACCAGUAAGGUGGUGAGAGGAGCUCCAGGAACAGCAGGCUCCAGGAAAGGGCAGGUGGAGGAGGGGGUGCAGAGAGGACCUUCCCUGGCCUGAUGGCUUAGGGACAGACAUCUGAUGAGCCUGUCUGAGGUUCUCAGUGCCUCCCAUGAUUUACUAGCCAGCUGAAGGCAGGCAUGGAAGCCCAAAUCCCGUGAGCCGAGCAGUGUAGCCAGCCACUGUGUACUCAGGAUCGAAGCAGCGACCCCAGGGUCCUGUCUGCACCUACCCUGUGGUUGAGCUCAGUGAAGCCCCUGGGUGGGCAUAUGGAGGGUCUCCUUUCUCCGCACAGUUUUAUCAGUUCUGUACUCUGGGCUCACAUUCCUGUUCAUUAAACUGGUCAGAGUCAACCACCAGGUCUCCAAAGCUGUGGAAAUACGUGGUCACAGGGCCAUGUUUCUGAAGCUGACUGUGUCAGGGUUGGGGCCUUCAUCUGUAAUAUCUAUGACUUUUGCCUAGGUCCCUGUUUUUUAAACUCCUGAACUGCCAUUCAGAUUACCCAUGAUUUUAAUGAAAUUUUUGGAUUUAAUAAUGGUUGAUAAUCACUUUAAAUAUUUGCACAAUCUCUUUAUAAUUAAAAAUUCACUAAGCUUCACUUACUACUCUUUUAUAGAAUUGAAGAUGUUCCAUUGGAUUCUAAAUAUCAGAUGCUCCUGGAUCUCAAAAUAGCCUUUUCUAAACAAGCACAAGCAAGGGUUUCUUUGUCAUAGCACUGUUAAUAAUUCUCUGAAAAUCAUACAUGAUUGAACCAGAAUUGUUUCUUAAUGCUUGCAUUCCAAAAACAACUGAUAAGGAUAUGAAAAUGGGUAUUUACAACUUAAAUUCUAGGCCUAUCUGUUAUAUAUUAGAUAAAAUAAUUUCUCUGUAAACCUGAUAUUAUAUUGCUCAUUUGUAUAAGCAUAUUUAUAGGCACUUUAGAAAAUGUUUAGACUGCAAUGUGUAUUAUAGACAUCGAACACAGUCAUGUUAAAUAGUCUUUGGGUUAAUACUUGUACGUUGACAGGUACUAAAACUUAAUAAUUUGAACCUGGUAGUUCACUUGGAGUGAAGGGUUGGGCUGUGUGGAUGGAGAAAGUGCUUUGGGGGCUUGUGUGGAAGCCUGGCACCAUUCCCGCUUCCUGAAAGUUGAUGUAAGAGUUGUUAGGGUGGAAGAUGCAAAAGAAGUGCUGUAUGGAAUUCAGCUUUAUUACCUAACCAAGACUUACUUUGGAAUUUUCCAGUUUCAGAUAUUCUAACUCUUCUGAGAAAUGACAAAGCAAUUAAAAUGCUUUUGUGGUUAUAACGAUUUGGUACAUUAACAAAUGAGGCUUUUACAAUCAAACCUAGGUAUUUUUUACCUUGUAAUUUUUAAGAUUUGAAGUAAGAAUCUGAGGAAAACCAUGAAGAAAAACGGUUGCUUUCCUGGGAAAGGAAGACUUGUACUUCAAGGUAAUACAAUACAAAAUAAAACCAAAUAAACCACCCAGACUAAAACCAAA